AUGCAGCGAAAAUUAGUAACAAAAAAAACACGCAUGAACAUAAUUGGAAGCGGACUCAUUCAGUUAGAUCGGUUUAAAAAAUGUUCAAAAACUUAUGUCUUAAAAAAUGAUUAUAAUUUUAUAGACUUUAUCAAAUUUUUUGACUACGGUUUUGAUAUGAUAAUUUGUAAAUUAAAAAAAAUGACGCAGCAAUCAAGUAUUAAAUUUAACUUGUAUCUUGAUUGUGUUUACGUGCAUGUGUUAACACAGGAACGCCGAGAUAUUUCAUUUAAAACCGAAAAUAUGUUAGCGUUUACAAAUUCAAAUUUCGAAAAUUUAUUAAAAAAAAUGUUUAAUAAACUUAUUAAGGAAGAAUCUGACUUUGUCACUAGAGGGAGUGGUUGGAGUUUAGACUCAAUUGAUGUCUUACAGUUAAGAAUUAAUAUUGUAAACCCGUUAAAUGGAUCUAGUUAUUUAAUUUUGCCUGACUCAAUACGUAAUAAGAAAGCUGUUAUAAAUGUAAAAAACAAUGAUGAAAAAUGUUUUAAAUAUGCAAUUUUAUCUAAGUUUAAUAAUCAUUCAAAUAAAAGUCAAUUUAACAAACAAUAUUUUAAAAUGCUUGAAAAGAAAAGUGAUUUAAAUUUUCACUGUAUCGAUUAUCCGACACCAGUCAAACAAAUUAAAAUAUUUGAACGUUUAAAUUAUGUGUCAGUUAAUGUUUUUAGUUUAGAUGAUACAAAUGUUGUUUUCCCAUUAUAUAUGAAUAAUGUAGAAAGUAAAAAUCAUUUCGAUCUGCUUUUGAUUAAUCGUGGUGAAACAUCGCAUUAUUGUUUUAUUAAUAAUUUCGACAGACUUAUUCGUAGUCAAAAGACAAAACAUAAAUCUAAAUUAAUUAUAUGUAAAAGAUGUUUUACAGUUUUUAGUAAUACUCCUUGUAAAUAUAAAUUGUGGGGUGUUAAUGGAUUAAAAAAACAUAAAAAAAAUUGUGGAAAGCACAAACUAGGAAGACCUGUAAUGUUUGAAGACGAUGAUGAUGAUUUUAUUUAUUUUAAAAAUUUUAAAAGAACGCAACGAAUACCAAUAGUAAUUUAUUCUGACUUUGAAUGUUAUUUAAAACCUAAAUUCACCAAACAAAAUUGUAAAAUUAAAACACUGAUAACACAUAAACAUAAACCAAUGAGUUAUGCAUAUUAUGUGAAAAUAGAUUAUAAUAUUAUACCUAAAUAUUUAAUAAAAAAAUAUAAAAUUCCUACGAAACUUCAUGUUUACAGAAAUCAAAAUGCUGCAAAACAUUUCUUAAAGACCAUGAUAGAUAUAGGUACAAAGGUUUAUAAUCUUUAUCAAGUAAAUAUACCUAUGAAUAAAUUAACUAAUGACGAAGAGCUUAAAUUUCAAAAUGCAAAAAUAUGUGAAUGCUGUUCCAAAUCAUUUAAAAAAAAUAAAUUAAUUAAAUUAAGAGAUCAUAAUCAUUUUACAGGACGUUUUAGAUCAGUUGUUUGUUUAAAUUGUAACUUUGAAUUGUGUAACGUUUCGUUUCUACCGAUAUACUUUCAUAACUUAGCCUAUGACAGUCAUUUCAUUGUUCGUGAACUUGGUUGUAAUGAAAAUGAUAUUCAUGUAAUACCUAAUUCAUCAGAAAAAUAUAUAUCGUUUAGUAAAUCAAUUCAAGAUAAAUUUAGUAUAAAAUUUAUUGACACAUUUCGUUUUAUGUCAGAGUCUCUUAGUUCAUUAGCCGAUAAUUUAUCUGAUGAUAAAACUAGAUUUAGGGAAACCUUAAAAAUAUUUUCUCUGUCGACUUUAAAUUUAGUUACACGUAAAGGUGUGUUUCCUUAUGAAUAUAUUGAUCAUCCUAGUAAAUUAAAUGAAACAUGUUUGCCACCAAAAAAAUCCUUUUAUAAUUCGUUAAGAGACGAAGAAAUUAGUGACGAAGAUUAUACCCAUGCUCAUAAGAUUUGGAAAAGAUUUAAUUUAAAAACAUUAGGAGAAUAUAGUGAUUUAUAUUUAGCCACUGAUGUAUGUUUACUUGCUGACGUUUUUGAAAAUUUUAGAGAUCUUUGUUUGCAAACACUUAAAUUAGAUGCUUCACAUUACAUGACCGCCCCAGGAUUUGCAUUUGAUUGCAUGUUGAAACAUACUAAUGUCCGACUAGAACGACUUAAACAAUACGAUUUCCAAUUAUUUCUGGAGAAUGGAUUACGCGGUGGCAUUUGUCAUUCGGUUAAAAGACAUGUAAAAGCAAACAUUCCUAAUAUCGAAAAUAUUAAUUAUGAUUCGAAUAAGCCUGUAACGUGGUUAGCUUACCUGGACUGUGUAAAUCUAUAUGGAAAGUCUAUGCUAUCCGCUUUACCUUAUAAAAAUUUUGAAUGGUUUGACGAUUUAUCUAUAGAUAUAACACAAAUUGAAGAUGAUGCUGAAUAUGGUUAUAUUUUAGAAGUAGAUGUUAUUUACCCUAAACAAAUACAUAAAAAUCAUAACGAUUUUCCAUUUUUACCAGAAAAUAAAUGUCCACCAAAUUCUAAAUCAAAAAACCAUUUUGUUUAUUCUAAAUCUGUAAAGAAAAUUGCUCUUAGUGCUAAUGAUGAUAAAAGAAUUAUUAUGCAUGAUGGUAUUAAUACUAUUGCAUAUGGCCACUAUCUUUUAAAAAAAUAG